CAGCCGCGGCCCCGCACCCCCCACAGCCCGGGCGGCGGCGGCAGCAGCAGCAGCGCGGCGAGGCACGGCUGGCCAGCAUAAAUAUGGCUGAACUUUCAGAGCCAGAAGGUACCGUAAACUGGAAGGAAAGAUGUUUAACUCUGGAGUCACAGUUAAUGAAAUUUCGUCUCCAGGCAAGCAAGAUCAGAGAAUUGUUAGCAGAAAAGAUGCAGCAGCUCGAGAAGCAAGUUGUAGAAGCUGAUCGUCAAGCAGAGAGAGCUUUUCAGCAGGUGCAGGUCAUGGAAGAAAAAUUAAAAGCAGCUAAUGUUCAAACAAGCGAAUCAGAAACCAGGUUGUACAAGAGAUGUCAAGAUUUGGAGAUCCUGAUACAAGAUAAAAAUGACAUAAUACAAAAAUUGGAGCAACAACUUGAAGAACAGAAGCAAGUAAGACUGCAAGAAGCAAAAAUCAUAGAAGAAAAAGCAGCUAAAAUAAAAGAAUGGGUCACAGUCAAGCUCCAUGAGUUAGAGGUGGAAAAUCAGAACCUUCGCUUGAUCAACCAAAAGCAAACCAAAGAGAUGAAAACAGUACAAUCUAAACUGCAAGAAGCUACAGGCAAGAAAUCUGUUACUUCAACACAAAAACCUGGAGAGUGUCAGCGACUAAGCAGCUUGACUUUUGGAUGCUUUUCAAAUAGAGGAAGAAGUUCUCAACCAUCUCCUAAGUUUGAAGAAAUAAGCAAGUCUUCAUCUAAAGAGUCAGACUACACUGGAGACAAAAAUAUGCAAGAGAAGGAUAUCCUGGAAACGGCCUUUGCUGGUCCUACACGUGAGAGCAAUACAGGUCAGAAGUCAUUGCAACAAAGCUCCUCUGGAUCGGAGCAGAACAAAAAUGUGAGAAUGAGCUGUUCAUCUAAAGAUAUAGACAGCGACAUGUCGAAGAACUCCUGCACUACAGGGAGUGACUGGAGCUCAGAUGAAGAUGGAGGAGAAAAUAAAGGACUGAAAUCCAGGUGCACAUCGACUCUCUCAAGCCACACAUCUGAAGAGAACGCAAGGUACAGUAGAAUGGGGAGUGAAAUGUAUUUGACAGCAUCUGAUGACAGUAGUUCUCUAUUUGAAGAAGAGAGUUUUGGUGUUCAGAAGACUCAGCUCAAGAAGUUGUACUCCUGGCAGCAAGAGUCCCAGAGAAAAGGCCAGAUCAAUCCAGGUGGAAAGUGCAACUCUGACUUCACAAGUAAAAAGAAGGACCAAGAUAGUUCUUCAGAUGAACUGAAUAAGAAAUUUCAAUCUCAGAGGCUAGAUUAUUCAUCCUCAUCCAGUGAAGCAAAUACUCCAAGUCCAAUUUUAACCCCUGCUCUGGCACACAAGCACCCAAUUCUAGCAACUUCUGCAGAUUCUCAAUGCACAACACCAUCAGAUUCUCCUUCAAAUUUGCCACCUCCAAAGUUACGGACUCCUAAUGUGUUUAGUAUAAAUUCAGCUUUAGCAAAGAAACAUCUAAGCCAGCCCCAGCUGAGUUCUGACAGGAUGUUUGGUAGAAAUAGAAAUGCCAUAAGCAUGAUACGUCCAUGGAGACCUCAGGAAACAGACAUUGAUCUGGUGGAUGGAGAAGAUACUGAUAUUUUAGAGAAAAUGGAGAUUGGCUGUGAUGGAGUGUUUACCUAUGACUGCACUGAAGCAGAAAAUGCCGAAGCCCAGGAACCUUGUGAUACCACAAAAAAGAGUGCUAGCAACAAACCUCCAACCCCUCCAUUACAUCGAUUUCCUUCCUGGGAAAGCAGAAUUUAUGCUGUAGCCAAAUCUGGUUUGAGGAUGUCUGAAGCUUUUACCAUGGAAUCUCUGAACAAAGGUGCUGUUUCACUAACUUCAUACUCCAUAUCUGGAUUAUAUACAUCUCUGAUAUAUAAGAACAUGACCACUCCUGUCUACACCACUUUGAAAGGGAAAGCAACUCAAAUAAGCAACAGCCCAUUUAUAGAUGAGUCAUCAGGGUCUGAGGAAGAAGACAGUUCUCGGUCCAGCUCAAGGACUUCUGAGUCUGAUUCUCGAAGCAGAAGUGGUCCAGGUAGUCCUCGGGCUAUGAAACGAGGGGUGUCUCUGUCUUCUGUGACGUCAGAAAGUGACUAUGCUAUUCCUCCAGAUGCGUAUUCAGUAGAUACAGACUGUUCAGAGCCAGAGCAGAAACUUCCUAAGACCUCUUCCUCAUCUAGUGAUAAUGGAAAAAAUGAACCUUUGGAAAAAUCUGGAUAUUUGUUAAAAAUGGGUGGUAAAAUAAAGACCUGGAAACGACGAUGGUUUGUGCUUAAAGGAGGUGAAUUACUGUACUACAAAUCUCCAAGUGAUGUCAUUCGAAAACCUCAAGGUCAAAUUGAGUUGAAUGCAUCUAGCCUCAUUGAAAGGGGUGAUGGAAAACAAACAAUUCAGCUGACGACAGAAAAAAGAACAUACUACCUGACUGCAGAUUCUCCCAACAUCUUAGAAGAGUGGAUCAAAGUACUACAGAAUGUUCUUAAAAUACAGGCUGCCAGCCCACUCUUCAUACAGCCCGAAAUCAAGCCAACCAUGAAGGGAUUACUUACAAAGGUGAAACAUGGAUAUUCCAAAAGAGUUUGGUGUACCCUAGUUGGAAAAAUUCUGUAUUAUUUCCGAAAUCAAGAAGACAAGUUUCCUCUUGGUCAAAUCAAGCUUUUUGAGGCGAAGGUUGAAGAAGUUGAUAGAUCAUGUGAUUCUGAUGAAGAUUAUGAGGCUAGUGGUCGCAGUUUAUUAUCAACACAUUACACCGUUGUUAUCCACCCCAAAGAUCAAGGACCCACUUAUCUUCUUAUAGGAUCCAAACAUGAGAAGGACACGUGGCUUUAUCAUCUGACAGUUGCAGCUGGAAGUACCAGUGUAAGUGUUGGAUCUGAGUUUGAACAACUUAUUUGCAAAUUACUGAAUAUGGAAGGCGAUACCACUUCUCAGAUUUGGAGACACCCUACCCUUUGUCACAGCAAAGAAGGAAUUGCUUCCCCUCUUACAACAUUGCCAUCAGAAGCCUUGCAAACUGAAGCAAUUAAAUUAUUUAAGACUUGCCAGUUGUUUAUCAAUGCUGCGGUUGACUCUCCUGCCAUUGAUUACCAUGUAUCUUUAGCCCAAAGUGCUUUGCAGAUCUGUCUCACACACCCUGAACUUCAAAGUGAGAUCUGUUGCCAGCUUAUUAAACAGACUAGACGUCGACAUCCACAAAACCAGGCAGGACCAAUACAGGGCUUGCAGCUCUUGGCUCUCUGCGUUGGACUCUUUCUGCCACAGCACCCAUUCCUUUGGCUUCUUAAACUUCAUUUAAAGAAGAACGCAGAUUCCAGGACUGAGUUUGGGAAAUACGCAAUAUAUUGUCAGCGAUGUGUAGAGCGUACACAGCAGAAUGGAGACCGAGAAGCUAGACCUUCCAGAAUGGAAAUUCUUUCCACUCUUCUAAGAAACCCAUACCACCAUUCAUUGCCCUUCAGCAUUCCAGUUCAUUUCAUGAACGGCAUAUAUCAGGUUGUUGGAUUUGAUGCCUCUACCACAGUGGACGAAUUUCUGAACACCCUGAACCAGGAUACAGGAAUGAGGAAACCAGCUGAGUCAGGAUUUGCACUGUUUUCUGAUGAUCCCUCUGGCAAGGAUAUAGAGCACUGUCUUCAAGGAAACAUCAAGAUCUGUGACAUUAUUUCAAAAUGGGAGCAGGCCUCCAAAGAACAACACCCUGGGAAAUGUGAGGGCACAAGGACUGUCCGCCUUACCUAUAAAAAUAGGCUUUAUUUUUCAGUUCAAGUCCACGGGGAGACAGACAGAGAGAAGUUGCUGCUAGUGUAUCAGACAAAUGAUCAAAUAGUCAAUGGACUUUUCCCAGUAAACAAAGAACUAGCAAUGGAAUUGACAGCUCUUUUAGCUCAGGUAGAGAUUGGAGAUUUUGAACGGCCUUUCUCAACUCCAGCAGGGCAAGUCACUUCUCAGUCCAAAUCCAACCAAACUUUAAAACAAGUUUUGGAAAGAUUCUACCCUAAGAGAUACAGGCAUGGUUGUUCAGAGGAACAAUUAAGACAGCUUUGUCAGCGAUUGUCUACAAGAUGGAUGGCUCUCCGGGGGCACAGUGCUGUGGACUGUGUGCGCAUUUAUCUCACUGUAGCCAGAAAAUGGUCUUUCUUUGGUGCUAAGCUGUUUGCAGCAAAACCUCUAGCAGCAUCCUCAGUUGAGAAGUCCUUCAUAUGGUUUGCUGUACAUGAAGAUGGCAUAAGCAUCCUAGAUUACAGUUCUAUGCGAUUAACAAUUACGUAUACAUACAAGAGUCUGAUGACUUUCGGAGGCUAUCAAGAUGAUUUUAUGUUGGUUGUUAACAACACUCAGAGAAAGGACAAAUCAACUGAAAAAUACCUUUUUGCCAUGUCAAAACCAAAGAUUCUUGAGAUCACUCUACUGAUUGCCAGCUAUAUUAACAACUUUCAUCAGCUGAAAGGAGCUGCUCAUCACCUCUCCGCUCCAGCAUUAAUGACACCUCAAAGUGGACAGAAACUCAAGGAAACAGGGAGUCAGCCACUUCUUGCCAACAACAGACCAACUAAAUGUCCCACUUUGUUAUGACAGGAUUAUGUAUCAUGAUAACACUUCUUUGUUGCAGGGUUUCUGUACUAAUUAAAAAUUUUCUGAUGUACAAGACAUAGAGAAUAAGCACAUCCAUAACCAAAAGAAGGGUGGACAGGUUUACAUUUGUGUCAGUGGUUUAUAACAGGAGGAGCCCUUUAAUUAAAACCCUGGCCUGAACUGGAAUGAUGAUGAGCCAAUUUAAGGAUUAUGCUUUACUGGUGGUGGCAUAUGCCUAUAGCUCAAAAAGAAACGUGUCUGUUGAUAGUGAUGGGGAAAGGUGGCCUUGGGAACCAUUGUAGAGACUUUAGUUGUUUUCCAGAUAUUUGCUCAGGGACCAAACUGUCUUCAACUCUUAACUCUUCAUCUCUGCUUUUCAAAAUUACACAAGAUGUACAGCCUUCAUUGUGAAAAGGGAUUUUUGUUUAAAAGAAUAGUCAAACAGUAUUUUCCACUUCCAGUACUCCUCCUUAUUUGCAAUACAAGCACCAUGAGACAAAAAAAUGAAGUGAUUGUUUGAUUUGUGUAAUUAUUUUUCCUUUUAAAAAAACCCCAUAAUCACAUCAUGUAACUAUUAUAAAUUUAAAGAGUAUACUUAUGAUACACUCUAGCUUUUGUUAUACCACUAUUUUCCUUGGCAAAUCUUCAGCCUCGGUCUCGUAAAUAUCUAAAUAAUCCCUCUCUGCCCCAGUUUUUUUGAAAAAUCUAAAUUGCACAGGCACUGUAUUUAGUAUAGUUUAGUCAUACGGGAUCCUGUACCUAAUUCCUUCUUUAAUCCACAAUAAUAAUAUAAUACAGAUGCAGGAAUGACUCACAAAUCAAUGAACAAGAACAGCACAGAAAGUCGUUGCUCGAACUGUUGUGAGUAAACCUGGAGACGUGUGAUAUCUAAAAUCCAUGUAUAAUGUGUAUAAUGUAUAUACAUCAAUUCAGAAAAAUAUUUUGUAAAAGUUUUA